AUGGAGAAAUUCGGCGCUUACAUAAUUACUACUUGUUUGUUAAUAUGUUUUACAGUCUAUAUUGAAGCCUAUGUACCACGGAUGAUUCGGGGAAGACCUAGAGGAGGAUUGCUAGGAGCACCCGGACACAAACACCAUAGAAAAAAUUUGGAAACAAGAGAACUUCCCCCAGAUCAGUGGUACACGCAGAAACUUGAUCAUUUUAACGGAGCUGAUGGGAGAUACUGGCAGCAGAGGUACUUUACAAACGAUACAUUCUACAAACCGGGUGGCCCACUGUUUGUCCAGAUUGGAGGAGAAGGAACAGCUGACCCAAUAUGGAUGCUAGAAGGUGCCUGGAUUGACUAUGCUCAGAGAUACAAUGCCUACUGUGUUCAGCUGGAGCAUCGGUUUUAUGGCAAGAGUCAUCCUACUCCAGACCUAAGUGUGGACAACCUGAAGUACUUGAGCAGUGAGCAGGCUCUUGCAGAUUUAGCUGCCUUCAUUACUGACUUGAAAUCAAAGCAGACAUUCUCCAGUGUUAUUACUUUCGGAGGAUCAUACCCAGGUUCCUUGUCUGCCUGGUUUAGAUUAAAGUAUCCUCAUCUUGUCCAGGGGGCAGUUGCCUCUAGUGCUCCCUUGCUGGCAAUAGUCAAUUUUACAGCAUAUCUGCAGGUUGUUGAUGAUGCCUUGAGGUCUGUGGUUCCAUCUGGUGCCUGUAACGAUGCCGUCAGUACAGCCACUUCUACCAUUAGUACAGAUCUGACAACGUUAGAAGGACGGCAGAAAUUGAAGAAGGUUUUUCAACUGUGUGAUGAUAUCGACCCCAACAUUAAGACUGAUAUCUCCAACUUGUAUUCUACCUUAGCUGGCAACUUCGAAGGAGUUGUCCAGUACAAUAAGGACAACAGGGCUUUUGAGGGUGCUAAGGCUACAAACAUCACCAUAGACACAUUGUGUGGCAUCAUGACAGACCCGUCUCUAGGGGAUCCCCUCCAAAGAUAUGCUGAGGUGAAUGCCUUACUGUUGAAGGCUUACUCGCAAGAUUGUCAGGACUUCAAGUAUGAUAAAAUGCUUGACAGCAUGAGAGCGACAUCAUGGAACAGCAGCGCUUCAGAAGGAGGUCGACAGUGGACGUACCAGACAUGCACAGAGUUUGCAUUUUACCAGUCAUCAGAUGCAACUAAUCAGCCAUUUGGUCAUGACUUCCCUAUUGAUUUUUGGACGCAGCAGUGUGCAGACAUAUUUGGAGCAAGCUUCAACAACACUGUCAUAGAAACAGCAGUCAAGCGGUCAAAUACUGAUUACGGUGCACUGGGCAUUCAGAUCACUCGAGUACUUUUCCCAAAUGGCUCCAUUGAUCCCUGGCAUGCUCUAGGUGUGCUGGAAGAUCUGAAUCCUGAGGCUCGAGCUAUUUUUAUUAAUGGUACUGCUCACUGUGCCAACAUGUAUCCAUCGACACCUGAAGAUCCUCCACAGCUGGUGACAGCCCGUAAAGAGAUCUCUGACACUAUUGGCCAGUGGCUGAGAUCAUAG